AUCAUGCGCCUAUGUGCGCAACACGCCAGCUCCCAAGGAACCAAAGAUCCCAAACAGUGUGCAUGAACGAAUCAAUCAGCUCGAGAAGCUGGUCACCAACCUCAUGAGCGGGAAAGAUGCCAAUCAUCUCUCGCCUAAUGGCGGCCUCAUGGACAGGCAAUACGAAGAUGGCAAUUCCGACAUCCCCCGUACCCCAGACCGCGUAAAGUUCAGUAGCGAGACGACGAGUUACAGCAACAGCGACCAUUGGACGAGUAUUCUCGACGGGAUUUCAGAGUUGCGCGAACAUCUCGAUCAUGCCCCCUCUUCGCUUGAAGCCAAAGACGAGGGAUGUGAAGAUAUUGCCGGCCCAGAACUUCUGUUUGGGCGGCAAAGAUAUGCUUCCAAGGAAGAAAUCCUUGCUGCUCUGCCCCCGCGGCCAGAGGCAGACCAGUUGAUUGACAUUUUCUUUGCAACAAUGGAGACACAUACAACCUUCUUGCAUAAACCGACCUAUUACAACCAGUAUCACAGAUUCUGGCUGAACCCUUUCGAAACAUCGACCAUGUGGAUAGCGCUGCUCUACGCUUCUCUUGCCCUCGGUGCUCGAUUCCAUGCAAGUAUCGAAGAGCAACGAAUGGGCGAUGCCAACUCCGGACCCGAAUCUGGCCACAGCUUGUACUCGGCGCGUACCAACUUCUACCGCGAGAAGGCUGUACAGUGCAUGAUUCUUGCCAACUACACCAAAUGCCCACCAUUUACGAUUGAAGCAUUCUUGCUCUACUUUGGCACAGAGUUUCUACGUUCGGUCGAUGCGCAGUUCAGCGCAUACUUGAUUGUUGCUAUGCUCAUUAGAAUGUGUUUCCGGAUGGGAUACCACCGAGAUCCGUCAAGGUUCCCUAAUAUCUCGCCUUUUGAAGGUGAGAUGCGACGGCGCAAGUGGCUUGUGGUAAUGACACUUGACUUGGUCACCUCAGCACAGCUGGGGUUGCCCAGGAUGAUCCAACCGUUCAUGUUCGACACACAAGAGCCUCGGAACCUGGCCGAGGGAGACAUCUAUGAAGAUAUGACGGGACCAGUACCACCCUCAAAACCCGAAUCAGAGCUUACCAGCUUGCUCUAUUUCAUUCUCUUGUCCAGGCUACGCAAUAUCCAGGCGCAAAUCAUAGACAUGAUGAACGCUACAUCACAGCCGCCGUAUGCAAACAUUACCGAUAUCGAUACCGCGCUGAGAUAUAUCCAUGAUAACGCACCGCACUCUCCCGACGUUAAAGACAUUGUGGAUGUUAGCAUUCCCAUGACGCUACAAUCGAUGCGGCAAUGUCAAAUCGACCUGGCAUUCCUCAAGGCCGAAGUGAUGUUGCACCGUCCGUAUCUUAAGCUUGGAAGAGUCGAUAAGCAUUAUGAAUACUCUCGAAGGGUAUGUCUUAAUGCUUCGAUGAGGAUGCUCUCGUUUCAGUGUAAAAUGCAUGCCGUAUACCAGCCAGAAGACAAGAUGUUCUCAUCAGGAUGGCGCGUGUCUGCGAUGAGCAGUCUCUUAACACCGGUCGUUGUCCAGGACUUUCUUCUCGCCACCACCGUUUUAGUGAUUGAUCUCGACGAAGACUCGACAUCUCCUUUGCCCGACUCUCCAAGUGAGCCGGCAACCGGGGUGUCCCAAUUAGAUAAGCCACCACCGACACGCGAGGAAAUUGUCGCGGCCCUACGUUCGGCUUAUGGCUUGUGGUUAAAGGCCAGCAAAAAGUCUCAAGAGGCGCGGAAGGUUGCAACAGCCGUAAAGCUAGUACUUUCCAGAGUAGGAGGAAAUGAGAUGCAAGAAGCCAGCCCUGCAACUUCUAGCAGCAAUACAGUGGUGAUGGAGCAAGAUCGUGUUCAUCCAUCGCCAGCCUUUGACUUCAACGAAUACGGUGCCCCACAACCUGCGCCGAAUGUUUCUUCAAUGAGCAAUGCCGGUCCCCAACCCCCUUUUGCCUAUGAACAGAUGCCCAUGGAUCUGGAGACCUUAAACAUACCCUUUGAUUGGGUGAGUAUGUUGUAG